UUACCCCGUUUGACUACACCAACACAACAAAUUUGCCCGCAAAAUGGUCAAGGCCGAGAGCAUACAGUACGAUGACAAUCAAGUGCCCUACAUCGAUUUGGGUACAGCAGUUAUACGUAUGGAGAAAGAAGAAGCACCAGAAUGGGCUUUGGAGAAAGCGCGUCAGGAAUUACGUGAGUUGCCGGAAAUAAUGGAACCUGCUAUUAAAAAGUUGCGCGAGUUAAUUGAAGAGGAAAAACACUUAAAGCUGCCUUUGGAUGAUGAAUAUAUGAAAAUGUUCCUGCGUCCAUGCCAUUACUAUCCAGAAUCGGCGAUGAAAAGGCUGAAGAACUUCUAUCACAUGAAAUCGAAAUAUGGCGCUCCCUGUGAGAAUAUUGUGCCUAGUAAACUGCGUAAUGUUUUCGAUGAGGACAUUUUGGCAUUGUUUCCCAACAGGGAUCAACAUGGACGACGAAUUCUCGCCAUUGAAGCAGGAAAGAAAUGGAAGCCCUCUCGUGCUCCACUGGUCGAUCUCUUCCGCACCAUACAACUAACAGUCUUGGGCUCCAUGGCCGAACCGCUUUCACAAAUCUGUGGCGCUAUAGUCAUUAUUGAUAUGGAGGGCCUACCCAUGAGUCAUGUUAUGCAGUUUACACCAUCUUUUGCCGCCAUGUUGCUGGAUUAUGUGCAAGAAUGCAUUUGUAUGCGCCUCAAGGCGGUGCAUAUUGUAAAUAAUUCCUAUAUAUUCAACAUGUUAUUUGCUAUCUUCAAGCCGUUCAUACGCGAAAAGCUGAGGAAGCGGAUUUUCUUCCAUGGCAAGGACUGGAAGUCGCUGACGUCGCAUGUCGAUAAGAAUGCGCUGCCUGUGAAAUACGGCGGCACCGGCACUUGGGAACUGCCAUCCGGCAAGCUAUUAGGCGAUUUCUUCGAAUGCUACUCAGCUGAUUACGAAUUGGCGGACACUUAUGGCUUUACGGAGGAGUACCAAAAGAAGAAAUAGUGCGCUGUGGUGUUGCCAACUUUCGCAAUUUUAUAUAAUCAAAAUUUAUUUAAAGAUUUUUGGUAUUAUAGUUUUUUGAUAAAAAUCAUUUCAUUUACUUAAAUGAUAAACUUGUAGUAAUUUGUAUUUAUAAUAUAUAAAUUAAUAGUUCUUUUUUAUUGCUAUUGUGAUAUUGCAGAAUUAUUUUAGUCAAACUAUGUAUUUAAAAAAAAUUAUAAUUAUUGGUACUGUGUGUGCAUAUUUUAUAUGAAAUUUUUUAAAAUCCAAUGCUUGCCUUUGUGCGCCAUAGUACCAUGAAAUUGACAGCAGAAAAAAGAGACGUGUAAAUGUGCAGUCUAGUUAAUAGUUAAUAAGAUUUGUGGUGAUGUUAAAAUAUCAAAAAAAAGAAA